AUGGCGAGCACCUCUGCCUGGGUCCAGCCUGGCUACGGGCUUUGGAGUGAGUCAUGGAUCGGGUCAGCACAUUACAGAGUCUACAUGUCGGUUGCUCGCUGACACCCGCCGAGCCUCUUGUGCAUCUGCCUAGAGCUUAAAAACAGAAUUACGCUCGACGAGACGGAAGCGCACGAUUACUGGGUCCGGGGCUGCACAGAAAAGUGGGGCAAGAAUGCCAGAGCUGAUUUUGCCUGGUUCGAAACAUCCAAAUACUACGCCUUGUACUGUCAUCAAGCGUGAGUUGCCCACCUGAUUUUUCUCCUUCCCUUUUUGCUCGUGUACCCAAACCGACGCCUCCUCUGUCGCUCUCACAGCGGAGAUUAUGCCGGUUCCGACAAGACUUCGGAAAAUAUCGACUAUGUCAACUUCAACGUUCUCCCCAAAGAGAAGGCCAAUUGGCAAAUCGAGGAACUCCCGCUAUAA